UGCAGUGGCCAAAAUUAUUUCUUAUUCUUCCGGAUUUGCAAAAGGGAACGAAACUUGUGUGUAAAAAUAGAUUGCUAUAAGUCACUGUAAAUGGAGCAGGACGGGGGAUGGAAUCAGAUAAGGAGGAUAGGUAGGAAUGGGAGGUGUAGUCGCUUACUCUGAUGUCUGUCAUUGAGCGUGCAGGACAGAGACAUCAAUGAAGGCAGGGAUAGCAUCGAAAACUUUACUUAUAUGUUUUUUGGGUACUGCAUUAUUCGCUUCGGGGAAUUCUGGAUCGAGGGCAUCUAGAAUGCUUUCCAAAAAACUACGUGGUAUCCGAGGACAGCACGAAGGGGAAAGCGCAUGCUGUGAUCUUUUUCCAGAGAGGAGUAACGUGUGCAUGCGUUUCAGUCAUCUAUCUCAAGUGAUAUGGCGUGCAGGGAACUGACUGAGAAAGAGUUUAUAGAGUAGAAAUUCAUCUGGGAACAGUGAAGGUGCUGAUCUCUCUGGAGCCAGGGCAAAAGGUCAGAAAUGAAACAAAUUAACCCAUCACACAUGCAUCGUAGACUGGACUCCGGCACCAGGAUUGCGCAAAAACCGCUAAAUGUACUUUACAUCUCUGAACUGAAGUGACAUUCACCCCUGGACUUGUUGAAGUCAUUUGCCACGUAUAGAUUCUGAACUUUGAAUUUAAAGAUGUCACAACAGAUCUGAAAUCUGUGCGAACAAUCACACAUUUUACAAAGUCACCGUUGUCCAUUGAAGGUCAGACAUUACCCUUUUGGAUGAAACUGAUACCAUAAUGGAUACUGGAAAUUUCACAAUUUGAAUCAUUUCCAUGCUGAUAUUCCUAACAGCUGUGGCACCUCUUGCCUUUCUCUCAUGCUCAUGGACCCAUCCAGUGCCAUGCUCUCACAGGCGCUCCUGCUCUUACAGUGCAUUAUUCUGACUCUUGGCCAGUACAAUAUUUGUAAGUCGCUGGUCAGCACAGAUGAUGGACCAACAUGGGAGUAUUACGCUUGCCAACCCAAACCCAUGUCCAUGAAGGAGUACAUGAAGAUUCGAGUGGAGCCUGCUGAUAUCACGUGUGGGAACCCACCAGAGCGAUUCUGUACUUUGGAAAACCCAUACCUGUGUAGUGACGAAUGUGAUGCCUCCACCAAAGAACUUGCCCAUCCUCCAGAGCUCAUGCAAGAUCGGGAACGAACUGGACUCAUCACGUACUGGCAGACUGUCACAUGGAGUCGGUUUCCUGAGCCUCUUCUGGCCAACAUAUCCUUAUCCUGGAACAAAAGCCUUGAGUUAACCGAUGACAUUCAGAUAACCUUUGAGUAUGGGCGGCCCACAAUAAUAGUACUGGACAAGUCCCUGAAUUACGGUCGAACCUGGCAGCCUUACCAGUACUACGCAGACGACUGCAUGGACGCUUUCGGGAUGUUGGCAAAAAGGGUGCAGGACUUGUCAGCUACUAACGUGACCAGGGUCAUAUGUACCGAGCAAUACUCUCGUUGGGUCGGUUCUAAGAAUGAAAAGAAUGUGCGGUUCGAGGUGCGAGACCGCUUUGCCAUAUUUGCUGGGACAAAAUUACAAAACAUGGACAAUUUGUACACGCGCAUGGAGAGUAUGAAAGGCCUCCGAGACUUUUUCACCUUCACGAACCUACGGCUUCGGCUGCUUAGACCAGCGCUCGGAGGAACAUAUGUGCAACGGGACAACCUUCUCAAGUACUUUUACGCCAUCUCCAAUAUCGAAAUACCAGCAAGGUGUAAGUGUAACCUUCACGCUGGUCAGUGCUCGCUGCGUGAUGGCACCCUUCAGUGCGACUGUGAGCACAACACCACAGGGCAAGACUGUUCGGCCUGCGAGAGAGGUUUUAAGGCCAAGUCCUGGAAGCCUGGCUCCUACCUGCCCACCCCGAAUGGAUCCCCGAAUAUUUGUACGAAUUCUGCACCUGGUGAGGCGUCAGGAACUUCUGGCAACUGCGAGUGCAACGGUCACUCAAAUCGCUGCAGUUACAUUGAUUUCAUCAACAUUGUGACUUGUGUGAGCUGCAAACACAACACUAGAGGGCAGAACUGUCAGCACUGUCGUCUUGGAUACUUCCGGAAUGCUACUGCCGAGCUGGACGAUGAAAAUGUUUGCAUAGAGUGUAACUGUAAUCAGCUGGGGUCCCUGCAUGCCCGUUGUAAUGACACAGGCUUCUGCCAGUGUCGAGAGGGUACCACUGGGCAGAAGUGUGAGGACUGUCUCACUGGAUACAACUGGAAGCAAGGCUGCACACCAAACGUGUGCGACGAUGAGCUACUGCUGUGUCAGAACGGCGGCUCCUGCAUCCAGAACCAGAAGUGUGUUUGUCCACCCGAGUUCAAGGGCGUUUUGUGUGAGCAGCCACGCUGUCAGGGCGAAAGAGGGUGUGACGGUGCCUCUGCCUGCUACCUCAGCGCCCUAACACUGCUGCUCUGCCUUCUAGCCAACAGCCUGCUUAAAGCCAAUGCCUAGAAACCCAUCUUAGUCCUGAUAUCGAUCCUAGUCUACGCAGGCCAAAGGGCUGAACCCUGCAGACAGAGAGAAAGAGUGGCCUAAACCCGUACAGACCCUGUCUAACGGUGCUGUAAUCUUUUUUGUAAAAGGGCGGCGGCUAAGCUGAAGUCAAAAAAGCCUUCAUGAGAUGAAUAGUUAAUUGCUCGUCUCUUAGCAUCACUGAUCGCCUGAACUGUAUACCAAAAACAAAAGAAGUUACAUUCAGUUUCAGCUCAUUCUAAACCACAGAACUCUACAGAAAAAGGACACAUAUAUAGAUGAGGUUUCAUUUCUUUUGGCAUUUCUAUGUUCCUGUAGUUUUGGCGCUCACUGCGAUACAAGCACUGCACUUAGCCAGCUUGUUUUGACGAACGACAAAUGGUUGAUAUCACGGAAGCCUACUUAUGCCAAGUUAUUCUUCUUCUUUUGAAGACUCGUUUUUACAUUUCCUUUCAUUGCUGCAUUUUUCUUGCAUUUUACUGUCAAAUGCCAUCGAAGUUGUUGCAAGUAGAUGAAACUUACGAAAAAGAUGUUUAAAUGCUAGUUGCAAAGAAAGAAUGUCUCUAUAGCUUGUGUUUGAGAUUACAUUUCUGGAAUGUAGAGAGAGUUUUUAAUCGUCACGUUGAACAGAAACAUAUAUGUCUAUCUGAAAGGAAAUAUGAAGAUAUGAAGUAUUGUAUAUUAUGAUUAUUAUUUAAAUAUUUUUUGUAGAAACUGUUAUUUUUGUUCCAAGUAAUUGUUACCAUUGUAAAGACAUUGCAGUCUUCAUUGCAGUGCAGUGUGGUAUUCACGCCAUGGUAAAAAAUUAUAUUUGAUGAUACAGCAGAGUACAUCUCUAAUAUGUUUGAAAUGUUUCUGACAUUCACAACAUUACCAAACGUUAAACAAAGCAUAAGAAAGUUCAUUACAUGCACAGCUUUAGUUUAAUAUAACCCGCUCACCAUCUUGAUACUGGCAUGUAACCAUCUUUGCAGUUAUUUCUUUACUAAGAUGACAAUUCAGGGCUGCUUAUUAACAUGCGAUAUAAGUAUAUUACUAAAGUACAAUGUCCCACAUAACCAUCAUACAAAACUAAAUAAUUACAAUGCAUUUAUUUGGAGAAAACACAUUGGCUAUGUUCAGAAUGGAAUACUAGAGCACUACUUACCGAAUACUCCACAGUAUUCGGUGUAAACUGCCUAUUUUUUUAACUCUUCCUUGGUCUCAUGACUGACUGUAGAGCGGAGAAGGGGCUGGGCUGGAAUGAUGCACGCCCGGUCCCCAAUCGGCCUGAUGGGGUGCAUGAGGAAUAAAGUUGGAUAAAUUACUGGCUGUAAUUCUCUCUCUCUCUCAUGGUCCUGGCGGAACAUUGUCUCGUUUCGCUGUGUACUGUACUAACUGUAUAUGGUUGAACUGACAGCCUUAAUCCCUCGCGUGCCCCAUCAGGCCGAUUGGGGAACGGGCAUGCAUCAUUCCAGUCUGGUCCCGCCCUCCUCCGGUCUACAAUGACCCUUUAGAAUUUUGAACACUGAUUUACAUCAACUUCAAAACUUCAUGACAUCCUCCACAGAGGUGAUCUGAACCUGACAAUGUCAUUUUUUUUAUUUCAUGUAUUUGUACACAAAGCUACAAAAAAAGUCCUUACGAUGUCCUUAAGGGUCAAAUUGACCAUUUCUUAAUGUUAAAUUUCAAAAGCUUAUAAUACAGGCUCUGUUUGCUCUUGGUCUUAAAUCGUUCGUCACAUUCCCUGCUUUUCAGAUCUGUAUUUUGUGAUAGGUGAUAGAGAAAAAAGUUAUUUUUCUAGUGUUAGCUGGCACCUAGAGGAACGAUAUAAGACCAAAAGUAGAGAGAUAGGUAAACACAGCCUUUAUUACAAGAUUUGAAACUUUUUUUAACAAGAUUGUUGAAGCUGUGUUGGGGCAUCCCCUGCCUUUCAGGUCUGUUUAUUGGAAUAGAAGGUGAUAGAGGAAAAAAUAUUUUUCUAGUGUUAGCUGGCAUCUAGACAAACAAUUAAAGACCAAAAGUAUAGAGAUAGAGCAAACCUUUAUUACAAACUUUUGAAUUUCAACAUAAAAAGGGUCAAUUUGACCCUCUAGGUUCAAAGUAUGGACUUGGUCGUUAAGACCAUGGAAGGGUUAAGUACGUGUAACAGUAGACAUUAUUUAGCAAUCUACGUUUCACGCAACAGUAUGCUACAUUGUUGUCACAUGACCUCUUAACAUUGGAUGUGAGUGGUGUACUGUACAGUAGGAUGAUCCAGAAAAAUUACGUUUAUAGGACUUUUCCUCCACAAAUGUAUUUUGUUCUAUGCCUCAUAUCUAAAUGUAAAAAAAAAAAUUAAGCUUUUUGGUUAAUAUUUAGGGGUUGCUUAAGAGCAACAAAAAUGUGAGUAUGGAAUUUUAGCAUAAUUUUUAAACCACUUGCAUUCAGAGAAAAAAACAAAAUCUAUACUAAACGGACUGAAAACCACUGGUUUACUGUAUAGAUAAUUAUAAUGUGGGAACAAUGUGGGUCCUUGAGUGACCCCUAAAUAUGCCCCAAUCUGCUUAAAUUUUGUUACAUGUUUUAUUUAGAUAAGGCAUAAUAAAUUUAGACUUGUGGACUUGGUUCUCUGAGGUUGAUUUUUUCUUACCAUAUUUUCAUGGACAACCCUAGUGUACAGCUAUCAUGUUGGAAAUAAAAUGCUUAUCAUCCAUUUAAUUUUGUGCAAAAAUUCUGCAUUCUGUUGCGUACUACACAUUUGAACAAAGGUAGUACUGUAAGUCAUCCGGUAUUCUGUACUGUACAUACAUACAUUUUGCAUACUGUGCACAGUAUACAUACUAUAUACUGCUUAAAAUAGUUAAAGUAUUAUGCUAGUAUGCUAUUCCAAACACAGUCAAUCAAAGCACAUUGCCAAAUUGAAUGGCCAGUCUAACAAUUAAAUUUACAGUCUAUAAAAGUCAGCACAUCACAUAUCAUGGAAUCAGGUUAUUUUUCAAAUCGUCUCAAAGAAAUGCCAACAUCUUCAGUGGCUCCUAGUCUUUUUGAUGUGUUGCAUAUUUACAAAUGCUUUACAUUCAUAAUGAGCCAGGGCAAAUAAUAUACUAUGAAUAAAUAUUAGAAAUGAAUAAAACCUGACAAUCAGAAAGCACAAACAAAAGUGAGUGAAUUGUUUUUCUUUAGACUUUGUACCUCUAUAUGUAUAUUGGUGCUUUAAAGGGAUAGUUCAACUAAAAAUGUAAAUUCUGUCAUCAUUUAGUCACCCUCAUUUUGUUCUAUAACUACAUUAUAUGACUUUCUUUCUUCUGUGGAACACAACAGUUAGGCAGAAUGUUAGGGAUUGGCAGCGUUAGUCACCAUUCACUUUCAUUGCAUUUUCUUUCCAUAGAAUCAAACUGAAUGGUGACUGAGGAUAACAUUCUGCCUAACUUCCAUUGUUUUCUAUGGAAGAAAGUCAUACAGGUUUGAAACAACAUGAGGGGUGAGUAAAUGAUGACACAAUGUUCUUUUUUGGGGUAAACUAUCCCUUUAAAUGCAAUUAGGCAAAUGUUUCAAUAGAUGCUUACUGUAUAUUUAGUGCCUGAAACAGCAUUACACUGGCACUACAGUCAAUGCAGCUAAUAUCAGUAAUUAAUAUCUGACCAUUUUUAUUCCUUUGGCAGUAUCACAAGGUGAAUCAGCCAUAUUUAUGUCCACAAGCCCAA